AUGGAUUCACUCCAUAGUGCCCCUAAUGCCUCCCAAAACAGUGGUAUUCCCAGCGCCAACAGUAACAAUGGAAGAAAAAGGAGAAAGUUAAAGAGAAUGAUAUCCUCAUCAGACUCGGAUGAUGAUAUGAUCGAGGUUCGAACGCCCACGAAAUCGAGUUCGAAUGAGGAGAAGAGAGGGUCUGAGAGACCGAAUAGUAACGGAAGCGACGCGAUCAGAACACCCAAAACAGUGAAGAAGCAGAAUGUAGGAAGGGGACAAGUGUCAGAUGGGAGAGAUAACAGCCCCGAAAGAGAGAAGCUGUCGGAGUCCAGAGAUGAAAUGAGGUUGAAAAAGGAAGUGUUGGCAAAAUUGAACUCGUUGGAAAACUUUUACACAACGUCACAGGAGCUGAAAACGUCGAUUCAACAGCAACUUAACACGAGUCUGGACCAGUACAUAGGCUGCAUUAAGACGACGCAGUCGCACGGAGACCUGAGGAAGUUCAGCGACCUGAAGAUGUUCAAGGCGCUUAAAAAUUAUCAGCAGUGCGGAGUGCACUGGCUGUCAGUGGUACACGAAGUGCCCUACGCAUCAGCAAUACUGGCAGAUGAGAUGGGACUGGGUAAAACGGCGCAAGUGUGUGUGUUUCUAGAGUACAUAUAUCGCAUACAUGGUACAAGUGCCACGCCGAACACAAGUUCAAGCAGCUAUAACGGGACGCCGUCAAGUAGAGCAAGCGGCUCUGAAGAGUCGAAAGGAUCAGCGGCUUCGGAUGAGCUGCAAUCAACAAGUCCGAUGAGUACGAAGUCAAACGUGGAGUCGAAUAACUCGAAGGCCCUGAAUGCAUCCCUGAAUACAGCCCUGAAUGCAUCCCUGAAUACAGCCCUGGACACAGCCCUGAAUACAGCCCUGAAUGCGGCCAUGAGAGCAGAAAACGAAGUCACGCCGAUCAGCGCGUACACUAAUACGAACACGAAUACGGAGGGAAGCACGCCGACGACGAGAAGACCAGGAAUAACAAUAAUCAUAGUGCCGCUGAGCGUGAUGAACAAUUGGCUGAGAGAGUUUGAAACGUGGACCAACUUGGGACCGAAGGUGGUGAUAUUCCACGGAAACUACAAGGAAAGAAUGGAGCUCCUGGAGUCGAUUCUGGAGAGAAUGUACAACAGUGAGAUCUACGUCAUCAUCAUGACGCUGGGAAUGUUCAAGGAGGUGAAGAUACUGAAGCACUUUGAGCCCUUCGAGUACCUGGUGAUCGACGAGGCGCACUCCAUAAAGAACCCGAACACGGCGAUGUACAGGAAGCUGCUAUUCUCUCUGGAGUUCAGACACAAGCUUCUGCUUACAGGUGAGUCACAGCUGGAAAAUGAGAUAAGCUACAUACUUACCGCCUACGUACUACUACAGUUACUGGUACACACUGCUGGUACUGGUACCAAAUACUGGUAUUGGUACGCAAUGCUGGUACUGGUACAAAGUACGCCGAUACAGAACACAAUGGACGAGCUGUGCAGUCUUCUGCAAUUCGCAAUGCCCUACUCCUUCGAGUCCUCGAAGAUUAACCAGGCAAUAGAGAAGAUAAUCAGCGACACAGAGUAUAUAUACUCGAUAUACGAAAAUCACGCACUGCUGGAUGAACUGCUGGGAAAAACAGCAGGAGCAACAGAAAGUGGUGAGAAGAGAAAGGCAGUUGAAAGUGAGAAUAAAGGUGAAGAAGUGGUUGACACGCCACUAAAGAUUGCAGAGGUAGAUAGUAGUAGCACUGGUCAACUGGGAGUUAGCGCAAUGGCGGACUCAGGAAUAGCAGAUUCAACAAACGCAAUUACCACAACGAACUCAAGUAGCACAACAGACUCAAGUACCACAACGAACGCAAUUAGCACUACGAGUAGCAGUAGCACAACGAAUGCGAACACGACGAGUAGCAGUCAGGGGAUGGCGAAGAGUGAGCAGGGGACAGAAAGCCAAGAAGCAGUAGGGAAGAUUAAAAAUGAACUAUACACGUGCAUAAACGACAUAAUAGAGCGCAACAUGAAUAGAAUGGAAAUCAGCGAACACCUCAAAAUAAUACAAAAGCUGACGACGCCAUUUAUACUAAGAAGACUUAAGAAAAAUGUGAUGAACGAACUCCCGAAGAAAAACUCAGUGUACGUGCCAUGUGAGAUGGUGGGAGUGCAGCUAGAGAUAUAUCAGCGGUUCUUCACGUCAAGAACACUUAACACAGUAGUGUUGGCAGGAGCAGCCAGCGCUGAGCAAAGCAGAGUGGGAGACAGCGACGAUGGAGAAAAUUCAUGCGCCGAUAGCGAUGACACGAAGUAUGACAUGGAUAACUUGGAAAACACCCUUAAUAGCCCGGACAAGGAGGUGAUGAAGCCAGUGAAGGGGAGUACGACGGAAAAAAUGACAUAUAAAAUAUUUCAACUGAGGAGAAUAUGUAAUCACCCACUACUGGUAAGAGGACUGUACUACACGGAAGAGCAGAUAGAAGAAAUAGCAAAAAUAGUAGUAAAAGCACAAUCAGUACUUGCAUCAAAAGAUAAAAAUAAGGGAAAAGAAAAAGAUAAGGGACAAGGACAAUCAAAAGGAAAACAGUCAGAUAAGAAUAAGAGUAGUCAGAAGGAGAAAAGUGAUGAAAAAAAAAGAAACAAGGAACAGGAGUUGGAAAAAAUGAAACAAUAUUUGUUAUCGCUGUCAGAUUUUGAAAUAUAUAAUGUUUAUCUGUCAAACGUAGGUAGAUCAAAUACAGAUUCGGAUCUGGGAUCAUCAGAGGAGCAAGAAACAGAGCAAGGUGCUAAAGUGGAUGUAAAGUCGGAGGUGAAGGCCUUAGAAGCACCCAGAAAGAAGAAAGAAGUCAAAAUGGGAUCGAGGAGUGGCAGUAGUACCUGUAGUGGAGGGGAUAGCGAUGUCGCUAAGGGAGGUGGUAGUGCCACCAGAGAUCACAGUGAUCAGUCGAGUUCAAGCUCACUGAGUCUGAGCAUUGGGAACCAGUGGGAGAAAAACGAGUACCUGAUAGAAGAGCACCUCUUCUUCGAAAGCGCAAAGAUAAAUAAGAUGUUCGACCUGCUGACGCUGAUACUUAGCAGGAACGAAAACGCGCUGAUAUUCUCCCAGUUCACAAGCUACCUGGACAUCAUAGAAAAGUGCUUCGAGCUCAGAGGAAUAUUCAACUAUUUGCGGCUGGAUGGGUCGCUGAACGUGAAGCAGAAGGAGGAAAUCCUGAAGUUGUUUAGUUCAACGAGCAGAGGAUCGAAGGAAGAUGCAGGAUUGAAGAAAAAGGCUCUAGGGAGUGAGUACAUGGCAACAGGAAGUGAGGACAAGGCUCUAAGAAGUGAAAAGGCAACAGGAAGUGAGGGCGAGGCUCUAGAGAGUGAGGAAAAAGCUUUAAUAAGUGAAAAGUCAACAAGAACUGAACAGGUAACAAAAAGUGAAGAGGUGGCAGUUUUACAUGGUAGCACGGGUGCCAGCGAGAGUUUAACAAAGGAAGAGGCAACAGUCACAGAAGCACUUGGGAUUAGCACCAGUAGAUCCACGGAGUCAACGAGCAGGGCACGGACGAGAGUAGAUACGGGCUACAGAAUCAUGCUCAUAAGCACGAAAGUGGGAGGAAUAGGACUAAACCUGACGAAAGCAAACAACGUUAUACUGAUGGACCAGAGCUGGAACCCGCACAACGAUCUUCAGGCGGAAGACAGAGCACACAGAAUAGGCCAGGACAAAACAGUAAACAUAUACAAGCUAUUCACAAAAAACACAAUAGAGGAACACGUUAUCUUCAAGUCAACAAACAAACUGUACCUAAACCAGCUGUUCAACGAAGCAUAG